AUGUUCCGACCUGACUACGGUUUCGAUGACCCUAUGGAAGGUGUUCUAGGUACCGGCAUGAUGCGCGGCACGGCUCGCCGUUUCGAUGAAUAUUACCGCUGCUAUCCAGUUGCGAUGCUUCCCGGUCCCGAAAGAGAGAACGUCAACCAUGGCGGGAAGGUCAUCAUGCCUCCAAGCGCAUUGGACAAGCUCACUCGCCUCCACAUUACCUAUCCUAUGCUUUUCGAGUUGCAUAAUGGUGCAAAGGAUAGGAUGACCCAUGCUGGUGUUCUGGAGUUCAUCGCUGAGGAGGGCAAGAUCUAUUUACCAUUUUGGCUCAUGCAAACACUCCUCUUAGAACCCGCCCAGUCGACCUCCUUCCUCGAUAUUAGUGAUCCCAAGGCUGUACUUGAAAACGCGUUCCGCAACUUUUCUUGCCUGACAAAGGGCGACGUUUUCACAUUUGCCUAUAAUGAUCAGAUCUACGAGAUGGCCGUCCUUGAAACUAAACCUGCGGGUUCCAAAAGUGCGGUGUCCGUGUUAGAGACCGAUCUAGAAGUCGACUUCGCUCCUCCCGUGGGAUAUGAAGAGCCACAGCGCACCAGCGGCACCAGCACCCCGGGAAGUGUCGUAAGCGGCGGCAAGCUACCUACCGGUGGGCUUCUUCACCCCCAUGGUACGAUGGCACAGUCCAUCAACUAUUCUGCCAUCGCACCGGAAUCAACUGAUGCCGCUGCUGGAGCGAAGGCCGGCAGCAAAGCUCCUACUCCCAAAGCCAGCACUCCAGUCCCGGGGGCUACAAACCCCCAGCACCCUCCACCAGUUCGGAAAACCAAUGGUCCCCAGCCUCUCCGGCUCCCUCCUAACCAGCUGUUCUUUGGCUACACAAUCAAACCGCCUAAGCCACGCGAUGAGAACGGACUGAAGAAGGAUCUUGGGGGCUCAGCAACACCCACCUCGGGCAGCGAGGCUGAAAGCCAAAAGGGCAAGAGUAGUGGCGGCGGCCGGACUCUGGGCAAGAAGCGCUGA